AGUAAACGCGUCGCACAUGCGUCCUGUUCUUCCUCUUGCCUCUCCGCUCCUCCUUUGACUUUUCCCCCGCUUUCGUGGAAAUCUUGCCGCCACCUCUCGAAUGUCCACACCCUCAUCUUCUUCCCGUCCGCCAACUCCUCCGCCUAUGCGAAGGAGGGACAGCGGAACGGGCGUUUUCUCGACUCCUUUUGAACGAUUCGUCAAGGACGACAUAGCGGACUGGGCCAGCGGUUUCACUCUGCUAGACACCAUGGAGACCUACUUCGACUCCCAUCUGGACCUCCUCCAGCGUCACCUCGCUAAGACCAGCGAUCGUCUCAAGAUGCGCGCAGAAGAGACGCUUCAGGACCUCAAGAAGGACGUCCUCAAGGAGGGCGUGCUCAAAAUCAUGCCCACUUCCAACAUGCAGCUUGAGCGCGAGCUGCAGCGGUACAAGCUGAAGGUCUCCCAGCGUCUGCUCGCGAUCACCCAGACAUGGCACUCCGCGAAGGUCAUCAGGACUCGGGAGAAAGUCACGUUCUUCUUCGGAGUCAUGACCUUGCUCCUCACUGCCCUGCUUUUCGGAUUGGCACCAGAAUGGCUUCAUGUCGCAUACUCAGUUCAGGCGGCCUACUAUCUUCCGCUUCGGGUGUACAUGUACAAGAAGCGCGCAUGGCACUACUUCCUCUUCGACCUCUGCUACUACAUCAACGUCCUCAAUCUCGUGUUUAUUUGGGGCAUGCCGGAUAGUCCAGCGUUGUUUGUCGCUUGCUACUGCCUCUCUCUGGGCUCUCUAGCGAGUGCGGUCAUCACUUGGAGAAACAGUCUGGUUUUCCACGAUUGGGAUAAAGUGACUUCGCUGUUCAUUCACAUCUACCCACCACUGGUCUUCUCUGUGAUCCGACACCAUUAUUCGGGUGCGAAACUGCGGUUCCCUGCGCUACGAGAUGUUCCACACCUGCAACCUUUCCGUGCCUUGCUGUUGAGCAGUAUCCUCUACCUCAUCUGGCAACUACUCUACUGGAAGUUCGUUCUUAUCGACCGUCGUGCGAAGGUCCAAUCUGGACAGCGAAUCACGUCUUUCACGUGGCUCCUCAAUGACAAGCGCGGUGCGAUUGGGCGCGCUCUCUCCAAGAUCCCACCUGAAUAUAGAGAGGUCUCCUUCAUGGCGGGCCAACUCGUGUACUCUAUCAUCACCGCGCUGCCUGCGGUCUUUGUCCUGUACGACAGCGCAUUCUGGAGCUCGGCUUACAUCCUGUUCCUCUUUGCCGUCUCUGUCUGGAAUGGCGGAGGCUUCUACAUCGAGGUCUUCGGUCGCAAGUUUGAGCGGGAGCUGGAAAAGCUGCGCAAGGAACUUGCGGAAAUCAACGCGCGCUCAGAGCGCUCGAGUCCGACGCUCGGUCCCCAGAGCGACGACGAUUUGGCUACCCUCGCCGGAUCUCCGAAGGCGCUCUCUCCGCUCGUCACGGCCCAGGAGGUCUCAGACGCGAACAUCCCCCUUCAUGCUCUCAACGGCAACGCUACAUCCGCCGCGCCUCCUGCGACCUCGGGUUGACGCCCGUAGCUGGCGAUUCUCCUGGUCAUGCUUAUGUCUGCUACUUAGAAUCUCAUGCUGUAUCACGACUUGUAAUGAUUGUAUUCUGACACGUUCUCUCUUUCCCACUGCGAUGUGCCCGCCCGAGAGCUUUGCAGAUGAGACACGAUCCAUCUCAGCGACUCGUGCUACUGUCGAUCUGCUUCCG